UCGCUACAAAAACAACUUUAGUUUGUUAAACAAUGAUUUUUUCAAGUAAAUUAUUAAGAAUUUAUAAAACAUCGAAAGUAUUCCCAAGUUUCAAGCAUGCUGGUGUACAACAACAAUUCUUAAACGGCAAGGAUAUAACCCCCGCCGUCGAUUGUUCCUACUUAAGCCGGCGAUAUCUAGUAUUAUGCACUAGUUUACCAAAGGCAGUGCGAACAGACACGUUUGGAAGUGAUAGGCAAUACUCCACAGUAAUUACGCAGAAUCCUAUACCAACGAAGAAAAAAAUGGCAAAAUUAACAGAACAAGAACGAUCUGAACAUCUUCAACCCUUUCUGGAUGCUGGCUGGUCACUGGUAGAUGGAGGUGAUGCCACGUACAAAGAGUAUUUGUUCAAAGAUUUUAAUGAAGCUUUUAGUUUUAUGACUGGGGUAGCAAUGGUUGCCGAAAAACGGAACCACCACCCAGAAUGGAGUAAUGUGUAUAAUAAAGUGCAAGUGAAAAUGUCUACACAUGACGCUGGUGGCCUUACUAUGAAAGACAUCUCGAUGAUGAAAUAUAUGGAGGCACGGGCCAAAUGCUUCUAGAUUAUAUUUGCAUAUUCGAUUUUGUAUUGUUGGAUUUUGUUAGUCAUUUAAAGUUGUAAAAUAAAUCAUUUAUCUGAGGAUAAAACAUUUAA